UAGCUUUUUCAAUGGCAAUCUCUUGCUUUUCAGCUCGAGCUCACGGCGCCGACGCACCGUUUGGGCUCUAAAACACCGUGCGGGCAGCCUUGCCUACUCGCCAAGGGCGCUGCACAAGCUUCUGCGGGCAGCCCGCAGCACUAAGCCCCUUUCUAGCGCCACCCAAAGCUGUAGAGCAGAGACUGCCCAAACACCACACGGCAGCAAAAACCGCACCGGCAGCAAACACCGCACCGGCAGCAACAAUGACUCUGAACCUCGGCGUCUGCCCCUGCUGCGUACCGCCCGUCGCCUUGAGCUUCCUCUCAGCAGCGCUCGUCGUCAUUAUUUCUGCGAGGAUGUUCUUCCCGCGCACGGGCAAGGUCGGGAAGGUCCUCAGGUUCCUCACCUGGUCGUGUGUAGUAAUGAACGUACUCAUGGCCGGCUUCCUUGUCGCCCUCAAGUCCAACAAGGACCUCCAGGACAGCUUCUUCUCGAAGUUGUGUCAAAAGCUGUCGAGUGACCCAGCCAUGCUCCCGCCGCGCUGCGAGAGGUUAGGCCUCUCCACGAAACUGGCCGGCCUGAACGUCAUCGAGUUCGGCCCCGGCCCCGGGACGACCUUCAAGUGCUUUGAAAAUGGAACCGCGCCGAAGUCCUGGGUCGGCAUCGAGCCCAAUUCAUAUUUCAGGGAGAUGCAGGACGAGGCGGCCAAGGACCUCGACGCGAGCAUGGUCCGCUCGACGCGGUGGUACAAGGCCGAGACGUUGGAAUUGGACGUCGCGUCGGGUACGUUCGACGCGGCGUAUUUUACGCACGUGCUUUGUAGUGUCGAGGAUCCGUCGAUGGUCCUGCAGCAGGCCGCGCGCGCGUUGAAGCCGGGCGGCACGCUCUUGCUGAUGGAGCACGUCGCGGCGCCUGAGGGAACACCGCUGCGCUACUUGCAGAAGACGCUGGCGCCGAUCCUCGAGAUCGUGGGCAACGGCUGCCAGUGGCGCGACACGGAGAAGAUCUUGAGAGCCUCCUGGGACUUCGAGGAUUUGAGGGUCGAGCCCUUCUCGGCGGACGCCAUGCCGCUGCCGUUCCGGCCCCACAUCCUCGCGACGGCGACGAAGCGGCAGCGGUGACUAAGUUCCUAACUACGCCAUCGACGCGACUAUUUGUGAACGAACCACGUUACCCAACAAUGGAACUGC